UUGGCAGUGUCAAAUUCCGUCAUUCUCACUGUAAUAUUCGACGGAGUAACAUCGCAUCGGAAGCUGACUAAGGACCAUGGCUCGCACGAAGCAAACCGCUCGCAAGUCCACCGGGGGAAAAGCACCGCGGAAACAGUUGGCCACGAAGGCAGCUCGCAAGAGUGCGCCGGCCACCGGAGGAGUGAAGAAGCCGCACCGAUUCCGGCCGGGGACCGUGGCGCUGCGCGAGAUUCGCCGCUACCAGAAGUCGACGGAGUUGUUGCUGCGGAAGCUGCCCUUCCAGCGGUUGGUGCGCGAGGUCGCCCAGGACUUCAAGACGGAUCUGCGGUUCCAGAGUUCGGCCGUGAUGGCGCUGCAGGAGGCCUGCGAGGCGUAUCUGGUGGGGCUGUUCGAGGACACGAACCUGUGUGCGAUCCACGCCAAACGUGUCACGAUCAUGCCCAAGGACAUCCAACUAGCUCGUCGCAUUCGUGGCGAGCGCUCCUAAAAGAUUUAGUUCUUAUCAGUUCCAAUCUGUUGAAAGAGUCUAAUUCCAAAUCGGCCCUUUUCAGGGCCACCCCAAAUGAAUCACGAAAGAGUUUAUCUUGACAAUUUCACUAGGUUAAACUUUGGAAGAGCGUGUAAUGCAUUUCGAAUCUAUU